AUGGAAACCAGCUAUCGGUACAACUACCUCUCUCUGAGCAUUGCCAUUGUCUUUGCCGCAUCUCUCCUGCUCGCCCGGGUCGUGUACGCCCUGUUCCUCUCGCCCUACAGCCAUGUCCCCGGCCCUCGCAUCUGCAAGGUCACCCGUCUCUGGGUCGACCUCCACGACAUCUUCCUCCACCGCAACCAGCAAAUCUACAAAUGGCACCAAAUCUACGGCCCCGUCGUGCUCGUCGCCCCCAGCGAGGUCUCCGUGUCCAGCUCCGCCUCCACAAAGCUCAUCUACCGCGCCGGCACGCGCCACCCCAAGAGCGGCUUCUUCAACAACUUCACCAUGUACGGCGAGCGCACCAUCUUCACCGCCCUCGGCUGCAUGGAGCACCGCGCCAUGCGCAAGUCCACGUUCGCCUUUUACCAGCCCUCCACCGUCUACGGCGAGCCCGUCAUGAGCCCGCUGCGGAGGCGGGUGCGGCUCUUCGUGGACGAGCUGAGCGGCAGCGCGCACGCCGAGUCCACCGUCGGCGCGGACAUCUUCAAGCUGACCAACUCGUACGCGUUUGACAACAUCACCGCGCUGGUGUACGGGCCGGGCCAUGCCUCGCAGUCUCUCGCGUCGGUCCGCGAGGAGCAGACCAUCCUGGAGGACUGGGCCGAGUGCGAGGUCUGGAACAACCUGCUGUACACGUUCCCGCUCGCCCACCGGCUCGUCAAGUGUGCCGUGACGCGGCUGGCGAACCCGCGCUUCCUGCACGCCGAGGAGCGCCUGUUCGAGUGGAACCUGGAGCGCCUGGACGCGGCCGUCAAGGGCGUCCACGCCGACGACGCUGCCACGGGUCACUCGCUGGUCGGCCGGCUGCUCCGGGACAAGACGGGCGCCGGGGUGCCCCGGAGGAGCUUUUUGGCCGCCGAGUGCCUCGACAACAUCCACGCGGCGCAGACGACCGUCUCCCUGGCGCUCACAUACGCCGUCUGGCUGCUGGCCGUGCACCGCAGCUGGCAGCGCGAGGUCCGCGCCGAGUUGCAGGCCCUGGCGCUCGAGGACGACGGCCUGCCCUCCUUUGACGCCAUCAAGAACGCGCCCGUGCUCGAGGCCUGCCUCCGCGAGUCGCUCCGCACCAAGCCCCUCUCCAGCGGCCGCGCCGAGAGGAUCGUCCCAGAAACCCACCUCUACGAUGAUGUUAUGAUUCCUGCAGGAACCAUCAUCUCAACAUCGACAAUAGCCAUCCAGCACAACCCCGCCGUCUUCCAGAACCCGCACAUUUACGACCCGGGUCGCUGGCUGCGCGCGGACGAGGAGGAGCUGCGCGCGAUGGAGGGCUGCUACAUCCCGUUUGGCUACGGGGCGCGCGUGUGCCUGGGCAAGGCGUUCGCGAUAGCGGAGAUUAAGCUGCUGUUGGUGAGCCUGCUGCUCAACUUUGACAUUCACGAGAAUGAGCAGUCGGGCACCAACGCUGCGACGAUGAGCCAGCUGGGGACGGAGAAUGCGCUGCCGCGGGGACUUCGAUGUGAUGUUCUCUUCCGGAGAUUACAAAAAGCAUGA